AUUGAUUGGUGAAAUUGCAACCAAUGGCACAUGUAUUCUCAUAACUAUCAAACGGCUAUAUCUAUACCACGCCAUUAAAUGACCUUUCACACGCUCCACAAAUUUAUCACGCAAAAAAAAAAAAAUUAAGGAAACAAAGACUGAUACAUUGUACCACACCACUCCCCACCAACAAUGUACACAUUUGAUGCCCUUGUGCCUGAAGAACCCUCUCAAGAGGAAUCAAACGAACAUGUUGAGUCCAAGACUGAAGAAGCGAUUGAGAAAUUACAGGAAGACAUUGAUAAAGUAUACAAUUCAAUCCAGGACAAAUUCCAAGGAUUAUGGAGCACCACUGCAAAAUCAGCCGGUGAAAUACAAGAAAAGUAUAAACUUGACGAGUAUAAGCAAAACUUGAUCAAUCAAUUGAAUACUACUAGAGAAAGCAUCAAGGGUUCUACACCUUCUGCCGCCAUUAGUGAAAACUUGAAGUCGAUUGAGGAACAAGUCAAGAAUAUUAAAUUGGAUGGCGUGAAACAGGAAUUGGAUGUUUUGUCUACCCAGGCUAAUCAUGCGUUGGAUGCGUUAGAUUCCCAGUUGGAGAAAGUUGAAAAUGUUGCUGGUAAGUACCUUAGUUCGUUUGCUUCUUACUUUACAAAGAAUGUUAUAAGUAUAACUCCCGAGACUACUCCACAGCCAGAGCCAGCUAAGGAAGAAGUGUUGUUUAGUUCUCCUUUGACCAAUAAUUAUGGUACUUCCAGAUAUGACAAUGAUUUGUUCAAGUUGCACACGUCUAAACAGUACUUCCUUAGUAAUGAACUUGACAAGGCGGCCGAAAUUGAGAAAUUCAAAGCCGACGAAAAGACAAAAGUAAUAUCGGAUUUGUUGGAGAAAUAUCCCAACACAUUAACUAAAACCAUGAAUGAGCUAGUUCCUGUGGAAAUCUCGUAUAAUUUGUUUUGGUACAGAUAUUUCAAGAAUGAAGACAAGCUUAAAGACUUGGAACAAAAGAGAAAGGCUUUGUUGAAGGAAGAAGAAGUUGAAUUGUCGGAAGACAAAGAUGAAGAGGAGGAUGAAGAAUUCACCUGGGAUGACGAUGAAGAUUUUGAAGAAGCUGAUGAUAAACUUAAGGAGUCGCCUGUCAAGGUUGAACCAGAAGACACGAAAAUAACGACACCGACCAAGCCAGCCCAGAAGACUGAAUCCAAUCCAGCAGCCAAAUCUGAGCCUGAAGACGCCGAUUCCGAAGAAGAAGACGAUGACUGGGAAUAAUUUGUAUACGUAUCUGUUAGCCUUUAAUAGUUUUAUGUGUUUGCCUCGUAAAAUUUCCGCACCUAAAAAAAAAUCUAUAUAUAGCUGUGGGUGACCACAAACGGACCCGCCUUGAAAUUAAUCAACUGACAAACAAUUCACCACUUAUUAUCACGUAUAAAUCAAACUAAUACUUAAUAUAAUCUCCACUUAGGAGUCUAUCCACAAUGAAUCAAUACACUGACCAUUCACUCACCAAUACAAUAUCCACCUUGGCAACAGGAGCAAUCAAAAACGUCUUUCCAACCACUGCAAAGUAUCCGCCGGCAGAAGGAGACAAGAAACAGAAGUUAAAGACCGAAGACUCAACCAAAUUGUCUGUUUCUUCUUCUGAACUGUCCGUUGAUCCAAGAAGACACCCACAACAACAUUUGCUGCACCUGCGCCUGAACUCACCACCUCGAAGGGUAUGGGUAAAGCUAGCCCACGGAACACCCACAACAGUAAUUGCCUACCAGCAAAAUAUAGUCGACGACUUAAAAACAUCAAUAAUUCAGAAGUACCCCAACAGUAUCGCCAGCUUUGCUGAUGCGGCAGAC